AUGUCUGCUUUCGAAGACUUAGGUGUUAUGCCUGAGAUUAUUCAGGCCGUAGAAGAAUUAGAUUGGAUUUUACCAACACCAAUCCAACAGGAUUCAAUUCCUUUGAUUCUAGGUGGUGGUGAUGUUUUAGCUGCUGCAGAAACAGGAUCAGGUAAAACAGGUGCUUUCGCAUUACCAAUUCUCCAGAUCACAUAUGAAACAAUAAACAAGAAAGCAGCGGUGCCAAUUGAGAGUGCCGAGCAGAGCGAUGCAAAUGAUGAAUCGACAGGUGGUGGUGUUCAGCAACUGGCAUGGUCGCUAGAGGACAGAGACAAGGAUUUGUCGAUUGACGGAUUGGUCUGCCAGUCGAGAGCUGCCGACUGGUCGGGUGGUCGCGCCACACGUGGUAUCUCCAAAGGAAAGUACUACUACGAAGCGACGGUGAGAGACGAAGGACUGUGUCGUGUAGGUUGGGCACUGAAACGUAGCUCUCGUUCCAUCGGUACCGACAAGUACAGCUGGGGUUACGGUGGAACCGGAAAGAAGUCACACGAAGAUUUGGACGAAGGUUCGAUUGGAUUCACAAAGAAUGGCAACGAUUUCGGUGAAGCCUAUCAUUUGAACACACCAAAGGGUGCAAUCUUCUAUCCAGCUCUACUUUUAAAGAAUGCAGAGAUUUCCUUUAGUUUUACAACCAUGAAUCGUAAACCAUUAUCAUUAAUUAUUGAACCAGUUAGAGAGUUGGCCGAUCAAACAUAUAGCGCAAUUCUCAAUUUUUCGAAAUAUUUGACAGAGCCAAAGAUUGAAGCAGUCUUAUGUCUUGGUGGUGAAAAGAAUAAUAAGGAUUUCAGAAAACAGUGUGAUAUUGUUGUUGGAACACCAGGUAUUUUAGAGAAAUUAGUAAAAGAGGAUCAAUUGGAUCUAUCAGCCAUCAGAUUCUUUGUAUUGGACGAAGCCGAUCGUCUUAUCAAAGAUAAUCUACCCAUUCUAAACUAUAUUUACAACAGACUACCAAAGACAGGACUACAAGUACUGCUUUUCUCUGCCACACUUCACUCUGAUCAAGUCAUUCGUUAUGCCGAACAAAUCACAAAGAAUCCAACUUGGGUAGAUCUAAAAGGAAAAGAUUUCAUACCAGAUUUAAUUACACAUUCAUAUAUUAAAGCAGAUCCAACUAAAUUCGAAGAUUGGAAAGAUGUAAAUCAUAGAUUUACAACUGAUGGAAUUCAUAAUAACGAUGUUAAACAAUCAGAGACAAAACUAAAGACUGACGAACAAAAGUCACAGGCUGUGAAGCUGCUGAAGCCAAGUUUGCUAGUCAAGUGUAUUCGUGCUUUCAAAAUGGAUCAAGCAUUGAUUUUCGCUAGAACCAGACUGGAUUGUGACAAUCUUCAUAGAUAUUUGAUAGAGGUUGGCGGUGGUAAGAGUGCACUAGAGAAUGAAUUCAGCUCGGUUUGUCUGCACGGAGACAAGGGAACAGCGCUGAGAAAAGAGAAUCUCGAGAAGUUCAAGUCGGGCGAAGUGAAAUACCUAAUCUGUACGGAUGUGGCAUCACGUGGUAUCGACGUACAAGGUCUGCCAUUUGUCAUUAACUAUACGCUGCCCGACACCUUUGAAGACUAUAUCCAUCGAGUUGGGCGUGUUGGACGUGCCGACCGCAUAGGAUUGGCGAUAUCGAUUGUCUCGCCCUACCAAGAGAAGGUUUGGUUCCACACCUGUCGUGACAAAGGACGUGGUUGCUACAACACUAAGCUCACUCAAGACGGUGGAUGUUCAGUGUGGUACGAUGAGCCCGAGUUGUUCAAGCCAAUCGCAGAGACACUGUCGCCAAUGGAACUAGAUGAAAAUUUCAGUUUGGGUGGUGAAGUUGUCAAUUUCGGAAAGUUUGCAAAGGAGCGUGCCUCCACCGUGGAAUACAAAGCCCACACCGAUCAAUUGGCACCUCGUGUAAUAGAACUAGCAAGACUUGAAGAGAACAUACAAAUCGAUUUCCUAUCACUACCAAAAAAGUUAGCAAAUUCUAAUAAAGCAGUAUAA